ACCCAAUAAGUUAUGUCUCGAAGCCAGGCCGUCUCUUUGCUUUAAGGGACCACAGUCAACACCACACCAACACACUCGCCCAAAAACUAACCCCGACCCCCCACAACUUGCUACAUCCUCUUGGCCACCUUGCACAUAGUCUACGCAACCUCUGUUUUCUCACGACAGCCCUAAACAUGGAUGCCAUCAAGAAGAAAAUGGCCGCUCUCCGCGUCGAAGCCGACGAGUCAGCGGCACUCGCUGAGGAGCUGAAGGCAAAGGUCAAGCAGCUCGAGCAGGAAAACUUGGCAAAGGAGCAGGAAAUUACAUCUCUCACCCACAAGAAUCAGGUACUAGAAGCCGAACUCGAAAAGGCCGAGAACAGGAUCAAGGAGCUCAAGGUGGCCGCCGACGAAGGUGGUACCGCAACAAGCCACAACGAGAACCUGACCCGUAAACUGCAGGUGCUUGAAGAGGAAGCCGAGCAAGCAGAUCGAACCUUGAGGGAGACGAACGAGAAACUCCGCCAGACUGAUGUCAAAGCUGGCCACUACGAGCGUAAAGUGCAGGCUCUAGAGCAAUCUAACGCCCAGUGGGAGGCUAAGUUCGAAGAGAUGGCCAAGAAAUAUGCAGAUACGAAGAAGGAGCUGGACGAUUUUGUUGCAGAAAUCGGUACCAUCUAAGCCUCGACUGCACAAUAUGCAUAGUUAUCUGGUUUCAUUGCAUCUUCGUCUAAUUUGCUAAAUUUUUCUUUGUUUUUGCAGUGGAGUUCAAUCCCUCCGGUGCGAUUCAGAGCUCGACCGCCUCGAAGGCACUGAUCUAGCGGUGUGGCAAUGGCGAUAGGAGAACUGAAGAGAAGGUAGUGUUGGCUCGUCAUGUGCCGCUGAUAGUGGAUUUUGUGGUAACAACCCCUUGAAAACACCUACAAUUUCCUGCGACGCAGUGUGUGGAGUUAUGGUUUAGGCGGUAUAAAAGGGCCUAGUAGAAGAGGAUUCCCCUAACGCGUAGCUCAAAAAUACUAAAAAAAAAGAGAAAACCCUCGUCUCAAUCCGGGUAUCAUUGAUCUCAUAAAA